UCACGCUCUCUGUCUCUGUCUCUCUCUCAAAUAAAAUAAAUUAAUGUUUAAACACACACACGUGCACAAAGACCUCACAUCUGGCAUGGGGACAGACAUGUAACCCACUCAAGGCAGAACACCACGCGGGGAGGGGCCGCCUUCCAAGUCCACCAGUUGCCUGGCUCUCACCCCAACCCCAUCACGUACGAGAUGUUGGACACUGGGUGAGUUGUGUCACCUCCUGAUACCUGUUUUCCCAUCUGUAAAAUGAGGAUAUAAGAGUCUCUUUGUUCUUAGAAGUUUGUUCUGAGAAAACAUAAGAGAAUACAUAUAAAGUGCUUAGCAUUGUGCCUGACACAUGGUGAGCUAUACAUACCAAGCUUCGGGGAAACUAGCCAGGUGUGGCCAUGCAUCAGUUAGGGUCCCUAUCAAACAGGGAGAUGCGGGCGGGCUCUGCGCUCUGUGGGGUUUGAAGAAAUCUUCACAAACGAAGGGCAUAACCCAACCGACCAAGGCAGCUUUUCCCUGGCAGAGCUGGAGGAAGGUGUUCCAGGGGAUGGAAAAGCACUAGGUUGGAAACAGGAGGCCUCCUUGGGGGCUGGGGAUGGGUGCCUCGCUGCUGGAAGGUCACGUUCACUGGCAAGGGGGGAAAAGGUCCUUUUAGGGAUGUGUGCAGGCACGCUUCUGGCAGAAGAGGGGGUUCGGGCCCCUUCCACGGGCUUGAGCCUCAAAGCUGGAGUUGCAUGCCCGUCCAUCGCAAGACUACCGCGGGGUCGGGCAAGGCUCAGGGAGAGGGAGCUCCCUUCCCACCACCCUCCUGCCUUCUUGAGCGGGUCCUCCUCCCAGGGCUUGGCCACUCCCAGCAUCCCGUACCCCCACCCCUGGCCGGGGAGGCAGGCAGGAGGCUUCUCGCGGGGGCUGUGCCGGGUGGGCGGUUUUCCCAGAGCAAGGAGUGGAGCGGGACUGACUUGGCGCCAGCUCCCUCAGAUAUAGACACUGCCGGCUGGGUGGCCAGCCUGCCCAGUUAGCCUGAGCCCAGGGGCUCCCUCAGGCACUGUGUUCCUGUCCCAGGGGCCGCAGCACCCCCCUCCAGGGGUGUGGCAUGUCACGGAGGGAGGUCAGAAGGGCACCGGCCAUGCCUGGAGGGGGGCAGAGCCCAGCCAAGGCCACGCUGGUCGCAGGCAGUGGCAGGAAGAGGAGCAGAACAAGACAGGACCCAUGGGAAGAGACACACUGGAGCCACCAGAGGUGGGGCAGAGCUGCCCCGGGCCUCCGAGGGGUCAGGGCUGGGAGCCUGGCUCGUGGCAGGAGUGAGGCGGCUCCUGAGAACGCUGCUCGGGAGCGGAGCCGCGUAAGGACGCUGCGCCAGGCCUUCCUGGCCCUGCAGGCCGCUCUGCCCGCCGUGCCCCCCGGCACCAAGCUCUCCAAGCUGGACGUGCUGGUGCUGGCCACCAGCUACAUAGCCCACCUCACCCGCACACUUGGCCGUGAGCUGCCUGGCCCCGCCUGGCCACCCUUCCUGCGAGGACUCCGCUACCUGCACCCUCUCAAGGUAGGCCCCUCGCCUGCCCUGAGCAGCGCUGACGCUGGGACCGGCCGCUUCCCGCUCGCUCUCCCGGAGGGAGAGGAGCCAAGGCCGGCUCUUGGGACUGGGCUGACCUUGGGUGCAGUGGGGGCGGCGGUUGGAAAUGACUUCAUGAAAAUGCGUUUCCUCCAAGAGGAGGGAAAUGCACUCUAGAGGUCCCAAGACUCUGGGGUGCCCCGCGGCAGGGGAGAAAAAGGAGCGGUUUCAGGGGUGGGGCCUGGGAAAGGAAACCGCAGCAGGAAAGUCCUAGAUUCAGGGCACAUCGCCCCUUCAUAUGAUGCCUCGUGCCCUCUGGACUUCUGCUGUAGGAGGGGUCCCCCCUGGGAGAACAAGGUCUAAGAAAGCCUCAUUCUAGAAGCAAUCAAGCCGGCGUCGGGGAGGGGACAGAAGUGGAGGGGAGGAGUUGGGGGGGGGGUACUUCCUGCACACACCACCUCCCAGACCAGGACCUACCUUUUCUGAGCCUCAGUUUUAUCCUUUGUGAAAGGGAAGAGAACAUGAGGCUUAUCUCUCCUUCCAGGGUACAAAAUGAGAUCAUGAAUGAAAAGUAUAAUUAACAAUAUUCACAAUAAGAGCAAUAACAUUAUUUGGGUGCUAAGGGUAUGCGAGGAGCUGCCCUUAGCGCUUUGGUCAUUUCUAUCUUUUAAUCCACACAAGAACCAAAUGAGGAUUACUUUAUAGGUGAGGAAAUCGAAUCUCAGGGAGAGUAAGUGGCUAAAUGCAGUUUGAACCCAACGGUGUCUGACCUCGGAGCCCAUGCUCACAGCCACCGAGCAGGCCAAGGGGACGGCACCGGAAAUUGCUGGUUGUACCGUGUAACUGUGAUAAAGGAAGGGUCAUGCUUCCCCUCCGAGGAUAGAUACAGUGCUGUGAUGGGGUCAACCUCGUUUUUAUGGAGGAUACUUUCACUCUCUCUCUCCCCAAAACAUCAUAGCUCUGAAACGUCUUGAAAACUUGAGACUGUUUUCUUUCACACAAGUACAGCAAGAAAAUGCAAGAAUAUUAGACUAAAUUGGAGCAGCUCUGGAAUACUGAUAGUGGCAAAGUCGUUUCUUAGGUGUAAAAUGACGAUCGAAGUAAGGCCCUUGCAUGUGGAGUUAAUGGAUAAAUCUGUUGAAGAAUGAACCGAUGAAAGCCGGUUUGUGUCUAGAACUUGGGCAGUUUGUGGGGAUGGGAUAGUUUACGGGGGCAGGACCCCUUCAACCCUCCGGUAGGGAGGCUGCCAAGAGGAAGGCAGACCUCAGGGCAGAGUAAGCUGGUGUUUUCGGGGGGUCGUUCACACUCCUGCUAGAAGGAUGGGUAAUCUUGGGAGGUGCCCAGCUAACACGGACAGAGCAGCACUGCUAAGUGUGGCCAGAGGCACUUGGGCGGGUGGCUGGGCAAGAGAAGAGGUCAGGGCUGGUCAGUAUCAGGGGGAGCCUCUCCUUGCCCUGGUUCGGCUGCCUACUGCCACCACUGCCGCCCACCUCCCUCCCACUAUCAGGGGGCUCCGUUCAAGGCCCUUGCUCUCCUCCAACAGCUCCUCGUGACCACCAGGCUCAGGUGGUCAGGAGAACACAUGGGGGCAUAAGUGGCGGUGAGCCGAGACCACUGUCACGUGGGAGGGUUCAGGGAGGGGGGCUAAGGAAGGUCAUGUGCGGGGUGCCAAGGACUACAAGGGGCUGCCAUAGCGAAUAU